UUAAAAAUUGUGCACCCCGCUGUACCGUAUCGUACGGUACGUCCCAUGUUUCAACGCAGGAACGUCGCGAUAAUUAAGAAAAAAUUCGCUUCGAGACACAGGAAACCUACACAGGACACAGAAAUCAAUCACGAUAGGAUUCAGAACAGAGAAAGUGCUGCUUAUUCCUCUUUGGAACUCUGUAGAAAGACUGCAGAUAGAUCAACGCACCAUUCAUUACACUCUCUCCGUGGCGAUGAAAAAAACAAUGGGAUAGACAAAGAUGACAUCUUUUCCAUCCAAAUUAACUCCAUCCUCCACUACAACAUCACCAAUCACAAUCAGGGUGCUUGCAGCUAGCACCGGUGUCACAUAUAGGAUUGCUCUUCACCCUUCAGAAUUAACGUGAGUUCAGGUCGAUCGUCGAAUUCUAUGCGGUACUCCGCGUGGCAUUUCGUAGCGCAAUCAAAGCGUAUUGGAGAAAGGAAGAGCGGACUUUGCUUCGGACGAGGUUUAAUUUCCCUUUUUCUAUGCAGUCGCUUUGUCCUACUAUGAUGCUACCGGUUUUUCCCUUUGUCACCACGAAUUGGGCCACCGCCAAUUGUCUCCCGUUUGCACUUGCUUAGCAUUAAAAACACACACUUUCUUCGUGGUGGGCAGAGAGAGAGAGAGAGAGAGUAUCGAAGAUUGUAUCUUGUUCGACCAAGAUCGUGCUACAUCUGCGGUCGCCGAUCGCGUUAUGGAUGGAAGAUGACUAUUGUUUGAAACUCAGUUUGAAAGAAAGAAAACGGACGUUGAGAUGUUGCYUUUGUUGYGUUGGGAAUUAGCUCUCACAUGUGUGAUUUUGUGUGUUGUAUUGUAUACAUGAUGUUACUCUCAUGGUGCUCGGCACUUUUUAAUUCAGGGUCGCAAAUAUACGAAAUCAUUUGGC